ACCCACAUAUUCAACAAUGGCUGCCGCAGCAGCUCCUACGAGCACCACACCUGCGGCGACCAAGCUGAAGCUGAAGUUGAUGGUGGAUAAGAAGAGAAACAAGGUCCUGUUCGCCGAAGCCGGCAAGGACUUCGUGGACUUCCUAAUCUACAUCCUCUCCCUGCCCUUGAGCGCAGUGGCCAAGUACGUAGCCGCGCCAUCCAGCAUCACCAAACUCCACAACAGCAUCGAGUUGCUUGAGCCUGGUGGACACAUGAAGCCGGAUCCAUCCAACACCAGAUGUAGCUCCAUCGUUAUUCCUCACUUGUUGACCCACGUCCCGCUGUUGCCCCGCUUGACCCCUCCAGUGACGACCCCGGUCGAGAAAACGGUCUACUGUUGCGUCAACAACCAUAGACAUGUCAAAGACAUGGUGUCAAAAAACCCUACUCGUUGCAGAUGUACCGGUUCAUCUGGCUAUGAAUGUAACCAGGAGAUGAAUAACAGGGUGAUGUUCAGUGAUUCUUCGGCUCAGACGAGGGAGGCAGACUACGUGAAGGAGAUGAUCCCAUACAUGGUCGCCGACGAUUUGUCGGUGACUGCUUUGAACUCCACCUCUGUUUUCCAUGCUGUCAAGCUCUGCGAACCGAGCAAUGUGGAGGAGAGGGAGGUUGAAUUUGGCUCUGAUGAGGCUCUGAAGUUGCUGAAGGCCUCCUUGCAUUCAGACACGCCUCUCACCACCGUGUUUCUGAGGCCACAAGUGAAGGAGGAAACUGAUUGAAGCACGCUCCAAAUCGUUAUCCAUUAUUUGGUUGAUACUUGAGAUUUAGUUCUUCACAUUAGUGUCCUGUUUCAUUUCCUUUCUCUGCAACAUUAACGUUCAUGCAUAGUGUAGCCUGUUUCUUGAUUUCCAGGGUAUUUCACAACAAAAGUGUUCCUUAAUC